AUGAUGAUGAAGUGCCGUCUGCUGUGCGCCCUGUUGGUGCUUGCCCUGUGCUGCUGCUCGUCCGUGUGGGUGGCAGACGCUGAAGCGGCAGAAGGAUUAAAUAAUACUGAUGUAAGCGUCGCAGGCCCACCGUCCAUUUCACCAUCCACGGCGACCGGUCAGUCAGGGUCGUCAGGUACGGGCUCUGCUCCGGACAAAGGAAACAAUGCUCCAGGGACAACAGGUGACCCGAGACUAACCGCGGAUCAAACAAAUGAGAAAGCGAAAGAUCAUGCCGAGACGACCACGACGACGACCACAACAAAACCACCAACCACGACGACCACCACUACAACACAGGCACCGAUUACUACGACUACAGAGGCGCCAGCUGUGUCGACCACCCGCGCACCGUCACGUCUGCGCGAAAUGGACGGCAGCCUCAGCAGCUCUGCGCGGGUGUGUGCCCCGCUGGUGCUCGCCGCAUUCGCGCUGGCGUACACCACUGUGGGCUGA